UUUUGCAGUUAUAUUAUAAAGAAAAAUCGGAGUUUACUUUGACUUGAAUCGCGGUACUUGCUCUAACAGGGGAGGUUUCAGUUUCAAUUCCUCCAUGGAAGCUAGGGACUCUCUCAGUUCCAUCAACGGCGAUUUCGGCUUCGCCGGCGCCACCGAUCGGCGAUUCGCCUUUUCGCGCCAAUCCUCCUUCCAACAACCUCACACGCCGAUAGACAUCCCCGCGCACGGCCACCACCACCACCUCUACUGGUCCGCGCUCGACGAUAAACCCUCUGCCUUGCGCCGAACAUCGUCUCUCUCCUCCUUCGGUUUCUCCGUUUUCCGAAACGUUAGGUCUGGCCACAGGUACAUGAAGAGGCUCUUUUUGAUGAUCUCGCUCAAUGUCGCCUACUCCACCGCCGAAUUGCUCAUUGGCCUCUUCACCGGCCGCGUAGGUUUGGUAUCUGAUGCGGUUCACCUGACUUUUGGAUGUGGUUUGCUUACAUUUUCGUUAUUUGUUAUGGCUGCGUCUAGGAAGAAAGCCGAUCGAGAGUAUACUUAUGGGUAUAAAAGGCUAGAAGUUUUGUCUGCAUUUACGAAUGCCCUGUUUCUUUUGUUUAUGUCAUUCUCCCUAGCAGUUGAGGCGCUUCAUGCAUUCAUACAAGAUGAAUCAGAACACAAGCAUUACUUGAUUGUCUCUGCAGUGACCAAUUUAUUUGUGAAUCUCAUUGGUGUAUGGUUCUUCAGAAACUAUGCCCGGAUUAAUCUUGCUUACAGAAACGCAGAAGAUAUGAAUCACCACUCUGUUUUCCUACAUGUUCUUGCAGAUUCCAUUCGCAGUGCAGGUCUGAUAUUGGCAUCCUGGUUAUUGUCAAUUGGGGUUCAGAAUGCAGAAGUCUUGUGUUUAGGACUUGUUUCCGUUGCAGUUUUUAUGCUUGUUCUGCCUCUCUUUAGGGCAUCUGGUGGUAUUUUGCUCCAAAUGGCACCUCCUAGCAUCCCAACUACUGCUUUUAACAAAUGCUUAAGACAGAUUUCUGCUCUGGAAGAUGUAGUGGAAGUCUCCCAGGCUCGCUUUUGGGAAUUAGUGCCUGGUCAUGUGGUUGGUUCACUUACAUUACAGGUAAAGAAAGGGACGAACGAUCGCCCAAUACUAGAAUUUGUGCAUGGUCUAUACCAUGAUUUGGGUGUACAGGACCUUACAGUGCAGACUGAUGAAGCAUGAGACUUUCUCAACAGUUUUAGUUUUAUGCUAGUAGUUAUUACUAAGGUUUGUAUACGCAUUAAUAUCAUAGUUUAUUGCCGUUGAAAAGGAUAGUCACGUGAUUUCUUAUUUGAAAAGGGAUUAUUGAUUUUUAACCGGCACAUUUUUUCCAGCCAAAAUUAACGAGUUUAAUCAUUAUGUAAAUGUUUAUGUUUA